GGGCGGGCGGCAGCGGCGGCUCCUGCGGGGCUCGCUCCCUCGCUCGAUGCGCGGUGCGCGGCCGGCCGCGGGGCUUGCGCAGGUAGGCGCGCCGCCGCCGCUCGGCGCACGGCUUCGCCCGGCCCCCUGCACUUUUUUACUGCUCCCACCACUUUUUUUUCCGCCUUCUUACUAUUAUUUUUCCUGUUCCUCCUCCGUGUGGGCACUAGGGGCGGGGGGUUUUCUCGUCCUCCUCCCCGCGCUGAGCGCCUCUCUCCCUCUCCCGGCAGCGCGGCGGCGGAGCGGAGCGGUGAGCGGCGGCAGCAUGCGGCGGCCGGGGGAUGUCUGAGGCGGGCGGUGCGGCGGCGGCCGCGCUGCCCCGGCGCCGCUCCGGAGGCAUGCGGGCGGCCUGGGGCUCCGUCUGGUGCCUGUGCCUGGCGGCGGCCGUCGGCGGGAUGCCGGCGGCAAGGCGGCAAGGCGGCGGCAAGGCGGCGGCGGCGAGGAGCGGCGGGCAGCCGGCAGAAUACUUGAGGAGCGAGACCGCCUUUCUGGAAGAGUUGGUGUUUGGAAAUGGAGAUACCAUUGAACUUUCCUGUAACACCCAAGGCUCUUCUGUGUCUGUUUUCUGGUUUAAAGAUGGUAUUGGAAUUGCACCUACCAACAGAACUCAUAUUGGACAAAAACUGUUGAAGAUAAUCAAUGUGUCAUAUGAUGACUCAGGGCUGUACAGUUGCAAGCCGAGGCAUUCCAACGAGGUCCUGGGAAACUUUACAGUCAGAGUUACAGAUUCCCCUUCGUCAGGUGAUGAUGAGGAUGAUGAUGAUGAGUCAGAAGAUACAGGUGUCCCCUUCUGGACCCGGCCAGAUAAGAUGGAGAAGAAGCUGCUGGCAGUUCCCGCCGCCAACACCGUUCGUUUCCGAUGUCCGGCGGGUGGAAACCCAACUCCUUCCAUCUACUGGCUGAAAAAUGGCAAGGAGUUCAAAGGGGAGCACAGGAUUGGGGGCAUUAAGCUGCGACACCAGCAGUGGAGCCUGGUGAUGGAGAGCGUUGUGCCGUCAGACCGAGGGAAUUACACCUGCGUCGUGGAGAACAAGUAUGGCAACAUUAGGCACACCUACCAGCUCGAUGUGCUAGAAAGGUCACCCCACCGACCAAUCCUGCAAGCAGGACUCCCUGCCAACCAGACUGUGGUGGUAGGGAGCAAUGUGGAAUUUCACUGCAAGGUCUACAGCGAUGCCCAGCCUCACAUCCAGUGGCUGAAACACGUGGAAGUCAAUGGCAGCAAAUAUGGGCCCGAUGGCACCCCGUAUGUCACAGUGCUGAAGUCUUGGAUCAGUAAAAACGCUGAAGCCGAUGCUAACCUAAAUCUGUUCAAUGUGACAGAACAAGAUGAAGGAGAAUAUCUGUGUAGAGCCAACAAUUUCGUAGGCAUAGCCGAAAAGCCAUUUUGGCUCCACAUUCGCAAACCAAAACCAGCCGAGGAGCUCAUGGAGAUGGAUGAUUCGGGCUCAGUGUACACUGGCAUUCUCAGUUAUGGCACUGGCUUUUUCCUCCUUCUCCUGGUGCUGGUCUUGGUGAUUGUCUGGAGGAUGAAAAUGCCAAACAAAAAAGCCAUGAACACCCCCACUGUUCAGAAAGUCUCCAAAUUCCCACUCAAGAGACAGGUAACAGUGUCGCUGGAGUCCAACUCUUCCAUGAAUUCCAACACGCCCCUGGUCCGGAUCACGCGCCUCUCCUCCAGCGAUGGGCCGAUGCUGGCCAAUGUUUCCGAGCUGGAACUACCUCCAGAUCCAAAGUGGGAAUUGACGCGGUCUCGCCUGACCUUGGGGAAGCCGCUUGGCGAGGGGUGUUUUGGCCAAGUGGUGAUGGCAGAAGCAAUUGGGAUUGAUAAGGACAAGCCAAACAAGGCCAUCACAGUUGCUGUCAAGAUGCUAAAAGAUGAUGCCACAGACAAAGACCUUUCUGACCUGGUCUCUGAGAUGGAAAUGAUGAAAAUGAUUGGGAAGCACAAAAACAUUAUUAACCUUCUUGGUGCCUGCACACAGGACGGACCACUCUAUGUGUUGGUGGAAUACGCGUCAAAGGGGAACUUGCGGGAAUACCUCAGGGCACGCCGCCCACCUGGCAUGGACUAUUCCUUUGACACCUGCAAGCUGCCCGAGGAGCAGCUGACGUUCAAGGACCUGGUUUCCUGUGCCUACCAGGUGGCACGGGGCAUGGAGUACUUGGCAUCUCAGAAGUGCAUUCAUCGCGACUUGGCAGCCAGGAACGUGUUAGUCACUGAAGAUAAUGUGAUGAAAAUAGCUGAUUUUGGCCUCGCUAGAGACGUUCACAACAUUGACUAUUACAAGAAAACCACCAAUGGUCGGCUGCCUGUGAAAUGGAUGGCUCCAGAAGCCUUGUUUGACCGGGUCUAUACUCACCAGAGCGAUGUCUGGUCUUUUGGCGUGCUACUAUGGGAGAUCUUCACUUUGGGAGGGUCUCCAUACCCAGGAAUUCCUGUUGAGGAACUCUUCAAGCUCUUGAAGGAAGGCCAUCGGAUGGACAAACCCGCCAACUGCACCCAUGAUUUGUACAUGAUCAUGCGGGAGUGCUGGCACGCCGUCCCCUCGCAGCGCCCCACCUUCAAGCAGCUGGUGGAAGACCUGGACAGGGUCCUCACUGUGACAUCCACCGAUGAGUACCUGGACCUCUCGGUGCCCUUCGAGCAGUACUCGCCGGCCGGCCAGGACACCCACAGCACCUGCUCCUCAGGGGAUGACUCGGUCUUUGCACAUGACCUGCUGCCCGAUGAGCCCUGCCUGCCCAAGCACCCGCCCUGCAAUGGCGUCAUCCGGACGUGAGCACCCCCGGGGCACAUGGACAGACAGACGGACAGACGGGCAGGUGGGCAGUGUGCCCGUGGAGGCUCGAGUGUGGGGCACCGAGCAUGAAACCGUACUGAAGGAUCUCCCAGUGGAACUGUGUGAUGGUGCCUGGAGAUUUGUGUUGUUGACAAGCUGUUCAGGGUAAAAAAACAAAACAAAACAAGAAAAAAAAUUAACCUUUUUUUUCUAUAAUUUUUUAAAUUUUUUUUUUCCCCUAUUGCUGUAUGAAAAGUCAAGAAGCACUGUUUGGCCUGAAGGAACUAAUUUCUUGCCAAGAUGAUCUAUCCUAGAUGAUUUUUUGUUUGUUUGUUUUUUUGUUUACUUUCCAUUUUUGUUAGGGAUUUUUCCUUUACUACGCAGAAUGUUGAACCUGGGGGGUGCUGACCUCCCAGCCUCCACGCGUGCGUUCCGAGUGCCACAGUAACCGUUCUGUGCCUGCAAUACGAAGAAAAGAGAAAAAGAAAUCUUCCUUAAAAAAAAAAAAAAGUGUAAAGAAUGUGGAAAUUCUUCGCUUAUGCAAUCUGUACAUGAACCUUUUUGGUGGAGCUGAAAAGCCACGUUGCCUGCAGGGAUUCAUAUAUUUAUAAAAAUAUCUAUAUUUUUGUUGUCGUCGUUUUUAUAGCUUCAUGAUCGUACUACCCAGCUACAUAGAAGGAAUCCUUUCUGGAAGAAGAGAAAACAGAGCUAAGUAAAAUGCAAAUUGUCAUGGAGAAAUGAAAGUAAAAAAUAGUAAGAAGAGAUGGUCAAGUCAUCUGAAGUGCCAGCGCCUUGGCCCUCGCACGGGGCUGGGAGCGACAGGUCCGUGCCAAGGCAGGAGCAGAUCCAGGGAUGGCAGAGACCCCAAGGGGUCCCUGGGGAGCAGAGCCUCGCCCACCUGAGAGCAGAGGGUGCCCUGACACCUGGCUCCUGGAGCCCACACGGCACCUCAAGUCACACCCUGACCUUUGAGAACAGCCAGCUGGGGGGGAAAAGAGGAAUAAAUCUCGGUUUUGGGGUUUGCCUGUUCUUGCUUGCCAAGGGUGAGUGGGGGGAGCAGCUCUUCCAUCCACCCCUCGACACCAGAGGUUUGGCUCCAUCUACGUGCAGUGACUCGGAGAAAGAAGUUACGGGUACCUGUAGGCAAGAGCCUUUAACUUAUAUCAAAAAGGUUUAUUCCAGAGAAUCUGUGUAUAUAUCUAUAAAUAUAUCGUGUAUAUAUAUAAAUAAAUAUAUUAAAAGAAAAGAAUGUAUAAUACUAAUGCAACGUAAAGCAGUACUGAGAGAGAGAGUCUCAAAAUACGAGCAUUGCAAUCUAGGAUAUACUGAUCUGGGCAAAAGGAAAGAUGUUUUUGAUUGUUUGUUUUGUAUCUUCACAGUUUUGUUUUAAAAAUUGUACCUUAACAUGUAUAUUUGUAAAGUUAUUUAUAGACAUUAACAUAUCUGUUCAUUGGUUUAAAUAGCAUAGCGUUACUGUAAACUUUAAAUUUCACCAAACUUAAGGGUGUUUUUUUUUAACUUAUUAAAAAUGGAGAAAAAAUAUAUUAAUCAAGUUUUUCCUUUGUGUUUAUGGGAAAUAUUGAAAGAAUGUAUAGAUGUACAGUCCUUUAACAAAUUACAUUUAAUGUUAUAAAUAUAUAUAUGUAUUCAUUAAAAAAAUAUUAGUUUAUCCUGGAUUGCAGUGAGCAAAGGUAAGUUUAUUUUUCAAUACAUCACCAGUGGUUAAAACCAAACAAAUAGCAGCAGAGAGAUGAUUUUUACAUAUUUCAGAAAAACAGGGCCAAGAAUUCUUCCAUCAGUUUAACCACUGUGCAUUAAGGGGGUGUGGGUGUUUAUUUUUCUAUUUUCAAAUGAAGGUAUUCUUUGUGGUCGAUUUAAUAACAAGUAUGCAGCAAAGUGAAAUGUUGACUUUGGAUGGUGCAGGGUAGGUUUUUUCUCUCCCCUUUGCCAGUACUGUUGUAUUUUGGGCUUCAGAAAUGCCAUGUGAGCAAAAUAGUGACACUGUUUGCAGGAGAGCUGCUACAGCUGCAUAUUUCUUUUGCAUCUAACACAUUGGAAAGUGCCAGUGAUGCCUGAUUUUUGGUGUUUAGAAUGCUAUGCUGUUGUGUUCCUCAACGCCAGAUAGCUGUGUAAAAGCACAGGAGUGACCUAAAGAAUGUUAGCAUGGAUCAAGCUGACAGUGGGGGAUGUUUGGGCUGAGGAUUUUUUGUGGGUGGGUUUUUUUUUUUUUUGUCCAGAAGACUUCUUCAUGUACUACCAGAAGAGGCAAAGCAAAUUACAUCCUGAAUUCUUACAUUUUUCUCUGGUGCAUAUUGCAUAUCAAUGUUUCAGAAUAACAGGAUGACAGCAUCUCAUUUAAAGAUUUUUUUUUUUCUUCUUAGAGCCACAGAAUCCUUAUCCUAAAAUAAAUAAUUUAUAGUUUGAGGUUACUUCAGUGGAAGUUUGAGAAGGUAGAUUUCUAUAGAUUUUUGUUUUGUUGGAAUAAAAAAAAAGAAUUUUUUGGUAUUUUCUUACAAAUGUCUGCUAAUUGUGUACAUUCCAAGUACUCGAAGCAAAGAGUUUUCCUGUACUGAAAAAAGAAAAUGUACAAAACUGUGCAUGGUUUUAAAUGUUACUAGAUAUUAUAAAUAUAUAUAUAAUUUAUUGAGUUUUUACAAGAUGUAUCUGUUGUAGACUUGUUGACUUUAACAUUUCUUAUUCAAUGCUUAUAUAGUUUUAUAGCCUGGACUAUUAUCUUUAAAAGCUUAAAAAAAAUUAAAAGUUCCAAUUUUGUUACAUUUUAUACUGUUGAUGUUACAAUCCACAGGUUUGCAUAGUGUGAUUUUUGCAAUGAGCAACUCUGUUCAGUUUAUUUUAAUACUGUACUUCUGUGCCUGACAGCUGCAGCUGUCGAAGGUGUGAGAUGAACACUAAAUAAAACUAUUCUGCUUUUGUUAACACGGGAAACUUACUUCUACCAAAAAAAAAAAAUAAACAAGUUGAUAAA